AUGUCACCGGAAUCGGAUGGCAAUAACAUGCGUCAGUGCACAUUGCAAGGCAGCAAAAUAGCUGUUGAUCGAGCCCGAGCAAUGAUCAAUGAGGUAAUCGCACGAGCGGGCAAUCGUCCUCCGCCGAAUCGUCCAGGACACUUUGAUGGUGGCCUGCCAGUUGGAGGUGCUGGGCGCCAAAUUACACAUGAAAUGCUCAUACCUGGCUCCAAAUGUGGCCUUGUGAUUGGAAAAGGAGGCGAAACGAUCAAGAACAUACAGGAGCAAACUGGUGUCAAAAUGGUGAUGAUACAGCAGAAUCAAGAAAGCGGUGGCCAGCCAAAACCUUUGCGCAUUCUUGGUGAUCCGGAAAAAGUUGAGAAUGCACGACGAAUGGUUGAGGAAAUUUUGCAGUCUCGUGAAGACCAUCCCCCGGGACAGUACGGCUUUCCUGGCUCGUUUGGUAUGGGUGGUGGCGGAGGACAGCGCUCAAUUGGUGAAGUCAUUGUUCCUCGUGCUUCGGUUGGCAUGAUUAUUGGAAAAGGCGGAGAAACGAUCAAACGUCUGGCGGCCGAAUCGGGCGCCAAAAUCCAGUUCAAGCCGGAUGAGGAUCAGUCGACGCCGGAGCGAUGUGCGGUUAUUCAAGGCACCACUGAGCAGAUUGCCAAAGCCACGCAAUUCAUUUCGGAUCUUGUCAAGAAGAGCGGAGCAGCCGGAGGCGCAGAGAUGUUCUACAUGCAUGUGCCAUCGAACAAAACUGGAUUGGUAAUUGGAAAAGGAGGCGAAACUAUCAAACAGUUAUCGCGCGAUCCGCCACCGAAUGCAUCGGAAAAAGUGUUCAUAAUCAAGGGGACACCGUAUCAGAUUCAUCAUGCGCAGCACAUUAUUCGUAUUAAG